ACGUCACAGCUUUUACCGGAAGUUUAUAAGCACAUCUUCGAGAACAAACAGAGGAGAAGAAAACAUGGAGCUCUUCGUAAUUUCGCCGAAUUUGAGGUUUACUAACCUAACGGUCGGGCCGGAUUCGACUGUCAGCGAUCUUAUCAGUCAUUUUGCCGUUAAAGAGGGCGUCUGUUGUACGGAUUUCUAUGUGAAGAGUAAUGGCCGCGUCUCUGACAGUGAAGACCCGCUUCAGUCUGGAGUUGUGUACCGUCUCGAACCUCGGUUACGAGGAGGCAAAGGAGGAUUUGGCUCUAUGUUGAGGGCCCUCGGUGCACAAAUCGAAAAGACCACAAACCGCGAGGCCUGCAGAGAUCUUAGUGGAAGAAGACUUCGAGACGUCAAUCAUGAGAAAGAAAUGGCAGAGUGGUUGAAAAAGCAAUCCGACCGAGAGGCGGAAAAGGAGCAGCGUCGUCUGGAGCGGAUUCAGAGGAAAUUGGCCGAGCCAAAACAUUAUUUCACCGACACGAAUUAUGAACGGCAGUGCCACGACCUCUCAGAGAGACUGGAGGACUCUGUAUUGAAAGGCAUGCAGGCUUCCUCUAGUGGUCUCGUUCAGGCGGACGAUAAACUGAGCCGCAAGCGUCCGUCACCAACCGACGGCCAAAAGAAAGCAAAGAAGAAAUGUUUCUGGUCUGGCAUUGGAGAACUGGAAGACAUGGGCAGCUCUGGUGAAGGAAGUGAUGACAGUGACAGCGAUGCCUCUCCAUCCACCUCUGGGGCUUCCUGUAGUUCAGAUGUUCCCAAACCAGCUGUGCCGGCUUCAACCACCAGGGGGAGCGACAGGACAGAACCUCAGGGCCAGCCCAGCAGCACCAGCAGCUCCUCCUCGAGUCCAACGGGCUCCCCAACACACAACCAGGAAGAGGUGCAGAAGGAGGCCGAGAAGGAACGUACAGCUGAUAUCAGCCAAAACAGCAGCCCAGAAGAGAAGUUGCAGGUCGAUCUCAGUCAAAAUGGCAGCACUGGAGAGAAGUUGCAGGUCGAUCUCAGUCAAAAUGGCAGCACUGGAGAGAAGUUGCAGGUUGAUAUCAGCCAAAACAGAGGCACAGAAGAGGAGAAGGUUCAGGUCGAUCUCAGUCAAAAUCGCAGCACUGAAGAGAAGUUGCAGGUUGACAUCAUUAAAAACUGCAGCACUGAACAGGAGAAGUUGCAGGUUGCGCCCACAGAAGCACAGAGCGGCCCAGCCGAGAGCAGUCAGGCUCUGGAAGUGGUAAGAUCUCCUCCUGAUGUGGUUGUUCCUGUUGGAAAUGUUUUUUUGUUUGAUAAUCCUGACCUCUCUCUUCAGGCGGAGCUGGAUCUGCUCUCUGCGAGUGGGCCGGAGCAGCUGGAGGCCUUGGGUCUGGAGCGGCUGAAGAAAGAGCUGAUGGAACGAGGGAUGAAGUGUGGAGGAACCCUGCAGGAACGGGCUGCCCGUCUGUUCUCCGUCAGAGGACUGGCUGCAGAUCAGAUUGACCCUGCGCUCUUGGCCAAAGCCAGCAAAGCCAGCAAGGGCAAGAAGAAAUAACGUGCUGUUCCUAAACCAUCAACUGUUUUUGACCUACGCUUUGCUUUGCUUUGCUUGCAAUGUCUGUAGUUAUUUUUAAGGUGUGGUUUGUAAAAAUCUAACACCUCAUUUUGAAAAAUUCCCAGUUUGGGAGAAUUAAGUUUUGUUUCUUUUUUUCAUUCUGGUCAGAUGCUGAUAACAAUUCAGAUGUCUUUUUCUGUUGGCAAAACAUGACAAGUUACAUAAGCUGAGACUCUUUUUAUGUGAUAUGUACCAUAAAUCCUUUGAUUACUUAGUCAUUGUAAAUAGCUGUUUUGAUUCAUACAGAUAUGUACUGGAAAUCAGUCACGUUUAUGAUGUGGGUGGGAAGACAUUCAACAAUCCAGUGAUUUUUAGCCAACAGUUUGUUCACAUUGCACAGUAUUUGAUUGUAAUGUGAUUAUGGUCCAUUUUGCUCUUGACUUUAUGGUUGAGUAAAAUAUUGUUGCACAA